GUUUCCUUGUCCUCUAAUUAAGGAGAACAAACUGCGAUUUUUCCUCAUUCUUUUUGGUUAGUAGUGCCAUCUUUGCGCAAAACUAUGAGUUAUCGGUCACGCAUUGUGCUAUUUGUAGCGCCAUGGUUAGAAUUUGAUUGCUCUGGUUUUGGUUCUUGAAAGAAGUGGUUACCGUAAAUUGUCUCAAAAUUUCGGUCUGAAGUAGAUGUAAUGAACUCUCUACCUUUCUCAACGUCGUAUUCUCUUGCUUCGCCUGCUGCGGCCGCUGGGAUUCGCCGCGUGUUGCAGGUUGGGCAGCUUCACCUCUCAAUGCAAUGUGACGAAUUCUGAAGUUGAUUUUACCGAUGUUGCAACAAAUGAUGUGGCCAUGGGAGAUCCUUCACCCCUCCCAUCCAGUUGCUCUACGCCAUUUGUACAUCUAUCAUCAGAUAUCCUUAGUUCUGAGUUACAAUUUCUUACCGAAGAAACCUAUAAAACUGGUCUUCUCACAACACUGCCGGUUCUCUCAAAGGAGGAACAAGAUGCUCUUGCGGCAACUCCAGUUCACCCUGCUGGCUUAGUAGGUUUUAAGUCAGAGCUGUUUGUUCCCAUGCAAGUUCUGAACAAAUAUUCCUUGGUUUCUAUAGGAGAUGGCAUUUCAUGCAGUUUCUUAGCUGGGAAUUUAUCGGAACAUGUCUGGAAUUUCACUUGGCCUGCUGCUGUUGCGAUGCUUCAUCCAACUCUAUUGCCUGUAGCUGUUGUUAGUUUCUUCUCUAAGUUUGCAAUCCUAGGUGGAGGUCCUUUGAUUGGAAUUUUUAUGGAUUCUUUACCUAGAAUUCCUUCAUAUCACUGUUUGAAUCUUAUUCAGACAGUUGCCCAGCUGCUUUCAGCUGCAAUGAUCAUGUAUGCCCUAGAUACAGUUCGUCAUUCUUCUGUGUCAUCUUUGCUUUUUCAACCCUGGUUUCUUGUACUGCUGGCUGCCACAGCAACUGAAAGGCUAGCAAGCUUGGCACUGGGGGUCACCAUGGAACGUGAUUGGAUUGUGCUGUUAGCAGGCACAAAUAGACCGAUUGCGCUAGCACAAGCCAAUGCUAUUAAUAGUCGAGUUGAUCUUCUUUGUGAGGUAGCUGGUGCUUCGCUUUUUGGCUUUCUUUUGUCUAAGUAUAAACUUGCAACAUGCAUUAAACUUUCAUGUGCACUGACUCUAUUCACGCUACCUGUUCUGAUUGUACUGGGUCAGCUAAUCAAUAGACUUUCCAGUGGAGUUCUUGAUCGCUCCAUGUCUCCUCAAACUUGUGACAAGCCUUUGACAGCUUUUACUUUGUUCAAUUUGAGAAAGAUAGUUGAAAUUGGACUGACUGCCAUAAGAUAUGGAUGGAUGGAAUAUAAGCAUCAACCAGUUCUUCCAGCUAGUGUGGCAUAUGUUCUCCUUUGUUUGAAUAUUGCUCUUGCUCCAGGUGCAAUGAUGACUGCAUUCCUGAUACAUCAUGGAAUUGCUCCAUCAGUCAUCGGUGCAUUUGGUGGAUUAUCCGCUCUCAUGGGUGUCGGUGCAACAUUCAUAUCUGCAAAUUUAGUCAGAAAGCUUGGCAUUUUAAAGGCAGGAGCAGCUGGGUUGAUACUCCAGUCCCUGCUUCUCACCAUAGCUGUUGCCGUGUGUUGGAGUGGUUCAAUAUCCAUGCCAGGACCUCUACAUCUCUUCCUAUCUUUAAUUGUACUGUCAAGAUUGGGCCAUAUGUCAUAUAGCAUCGCGAGCAUUCAGAUCCUUCAAACAGGAGUUCCUGCUGCAAAAGCUAACCUCGUAGGAAUAACGGAGAUGUCCAUUGCGAGCCUUGCAGAGCUCGUAAUGUUAGCUGUUGCAAUCAUUGCUGGCAAUGUUCGACAUUUUGGUUCUCUGGCAUUGCUCUCUGUAUCGUCGGUUAUUGCGGCCACAUGGAUCUUCUGCCAGUGGUUGGCAAAUCCAACAGAGGAGCAGAGAAGUCUCUUUGCCUUUGAUCCUCAGCUUUAAGGUAUCAAGGAUACAUAUAUCGGUGUCUCAGAUUUUGUAUUGAGGAGCCUUUAUAGAGAGAGAGAGAGAGAGAGCAUGCCAUGGUGGACUUACAAGAUGGACAUGGCAAAAGCUACUUGGGCUAAGUUAACCCUGUAUGGUGGGAUCCACACUAUUGCGCACUAAUUAGGCAUGUAAGCGGUAAUAUAUAUUAUUUUUAAUGUAAGAGGUAAUGUUAACUCCUCAACUUUAUAGUGUGAUUUAAUUAAGCUAAACAA